AUGUUAAGAAGAACAAUCAUCCGUAAUCAACAAGCCACAACAAGAAUCCUUGCUCGUCGUUUUUACUCUCAUAAGGAGUUGAAAUUCGGCAUUGAAGGGAGAGCUGCUCUAUUGAAGGGUGUCGAAACUUUAGCGGAUGCAGUCUCUGCAACAUUGGGACCAAAAGGUCGUAACGUACUAAUUGAACAACCAUUUGGUGCUCCAAAGAUCACCAAAGAUGGUGUAACUGUAGCUAAGUCUAUUACUUUGCAAGACAAAUUUGAAAACAUGGGCGCCAAAUUAUUACAAGAGGUUGCUGGGAAAACUAAUGAGGCCGCUGGUGAUGGUACUACUUCUGCUACCGUUUUGGGUAAGGCUAUUUUCACCGAAUCCGUUAAGAAUGUAGCUGCCGGUUGCAAUCCAAUGGAUUUGAGAAAGGGCACCCAGGCUGCUGUUGAAAAAGUUAUUGAAUUUUUGAGUUCCAAGAAGAAGGAAAUCACUACCUCCGCCGAAAUUGCGCAAGUUGCCACUAUUUCUGCUAACGGUGAUGCUCAUGUUGGUAAGCUAUUGGCCAGCGCCAUGGAAAAGGUUGGUAAGGAAGGUGUCAUUACCAUUAAGGAGGGUAAGACUAUGGAAGAUGAGUUGGAAAUUACUGAGGGUAUGAGAUUUGAUCGUGGUUAUAUUUCUCCAUAUUUCAUUACCGAUACUAAGCAUGCCAAAGUCGAGUUUGAAAAGCCAUUAAUAUUGUUGAGCGAAAAGAAGAUUUCCUCUAUUCAAGAUAUAAUCCCCUCCUUAGAGAUCUCCAAUCAAACCAGAAGACCAUUGGUCAUCAUUGCUGAAGAUAUUGAUGGUGAAGCUUUGGCUGCUUGUAUUUUGAACAAGCUAAGAGGUCAAGUUAAAGUUUGUGCCAUUAAGGCUCCAGGCUUUGGUGAUAAUAGAAAGAACACUUUAGGCGACAUUGCUGUUUUGACUGGCGGUACUGUUUUUACUGAAGAACUAGAUUUGAAGUUGGAGAAUGUUAAUUUGGAACUGUUAGGUUCUUGCAAUGCUAUCACUGUAACUAAAGAAGAUACCGUUAUCUUAAACGGUGCUGGUCCAAAAGAAGCCAUUCAAAACAGAAUUGAACAAAUCAGAGGUUCUAUUGACUUAACCACUAGCAACUCGUAUGAAAAAGAAAAGUUGCAAGAGCGUUUGGCUAAGUUAAGUGGUGGUGUAGCCGUUGUUAGAGUUGGUGGUUCUAGUGAGGUGGAAGUCGGUGAAAAGAAGGAUCGUUAUGAUGAUGCCUUGAACGCUACUAGAGCUGCCGUUGAGGAAGGUAUCUUGCCAGGUGGUGGUACCGCUUUGGUAAAGGCUGCUAGAGUUUUAGACGAUGUUGUAACUGAAAACUUUGACCAGAAGUUGGGUGUUGAUAUUAUUAGAAAGGCCAUUACUAGACCAGCAAAGAAGAUUAUUGAAAAUGCUGGCGAAGAGGGUUCUGUUAUUGUUGGCAAGCUUGUCGAUGAGUUUGGUAAUGAUUUUAGUAAGGGUUACAAUGCUGCUAAGGGUGAAUAUGUUGAUAUGUUGGAAGCUGGUAUUAUUGAUCCAUUCAAGGUUGUUAGAACUGGUCUAGUCGAUGCUUCCGGUGUUGCUUCUUUGUUGGCUACCACUGAGGUUGCUAUUGUCGACGCACCAGAACCUGCUAAACCUGCUGCCGGUAUGCCAGGCAUGGGUGGUAUGCCAGGUAUGGGCGGUAUGAUGUGA